AUGGAGAAAACGAACUGUACUUUACUUUUGGUGUCUUUGUGUGCAUUGCUGUGGGGUGUGGCCGGUCAAUAUGAAUGGCAAAUACGCGAUUCCUUUGACGAGAUUCGCGGAAAAAUGGAUAAAGCUAACUCCGACAACUGUUAUAUUACCCAUUUAGAUGAUCUCUUCCUUCCCGAAGACUCCGUGUCUCACCACCCAGACGUCAAAGAAUUUAACGUCAACCCUGUGUUCCCGAAUCGUACCGCGAUGUUACAUUUACACAAUAUGGCUAUGACGAGAGCGUUUUUCUGGAGUUACAUCCUCCAGUCGAGGUUUAUACGACCCGCUAUUAACGACACAUACGAUCCAGGAAUGAUGUAUUACUUCCUAUCGUCUGUAGCUGAUGUGUCCGCAAAUCCGUACAUUAACGCUAGUUCUAUAUAUUUCUCACCGAAUAUGUCAUACACGUCGUCGUACCGAGGUUUCUUCAAUAAAACAAUGCCUAGGUUCGCGCCAAGAGCUAUGAGAGCUGACGAUUUUAACGACCCAGUACAUCUACAGAAGAUAUCUACUUUAAAUACAUUCCAUGUUGAAGAUCUUGGUGCUUUCGAUCCUGAAAGUUUAUCAAAGGAUUAUACGUCUGAUUUCUAUCGUACUAAUGAAUGGUAUUCGUUGUGGUUGCCUGACAAAGUGGUGGCGAGACACGACACUAAAACAACAUAUCAAGUUGAAAUAAGAUAUGCUAAUAACACUAAUGAAACUUUUACAUUCCACGGACCUCCUGGUAAUGAUGAGUCACCAGGACCGGUGAGCUGGACAAAGCCAUACUUUGACUGCGGUAGACUGAACAAGUGGCUCGUGGCUGCAGUAUCACCUGUAGCUGACAUAUAUCCACGUCAUACUCAGUUCAGACAUAUUGAAUAUCCACAAUACACAGCAGCAGUUGUCAUGGAAAUGGAUUACGAUAGGAUUGAUAUAAACCAGUGUCCGCCGAGUCAAGGCAACGACCUACCAAAUAGAUUUGCUUCCACUGCGAGAUGUAAAGAAGAGACCACCGAGUGUGAACCAAUCCAUGGUUGGGGUUUCCGGAGAGGCGGUUAUCAAUGCCGCUGCAGACCAGGAUACAGACUGCCAAACCUUGUUCGUCGACCCUAUCUAGGAGAGAUUAUAGAGCGUGCCACCUCAGACCAAUAUUAUAAUAACUUUGACUGCAUGGAAAUUGGAUGGAUUCAAAGGCUCCCCGUCCAGUGGGAAAAGGCACACCCACUCAUUCGGGCUCUAUACAUGGAUCGUUACUAUGAGUAUGUUAAUGGUUCGAGAGGCCCAGCGGCAUUACAUACAGAAAGAGUUAAUGUCUAUGAAGUAAUCAACUUUAUAAGGGGAGUGCACCCAGCGAAUUGUUCACUAUACAAACCAACUGAUUUAUUCCUAAACGGAGACAUAGCUUUUGGGGCAGAAGAGCAAUUUGAAAAUCAGGCCAAAAUGGCAGUCAGAUUGGCUAAUUUCAUCAGCGCCUUCUUACAGGUAUCAGAUCCUAAAGAAGUGUUCAGCGGCACCAGAGUUGCGGACAAACCUCUAACCGAGGAUCAGAUGUUGGGUGAAACUCUUGCUUUAGUCCUCGGGGAUUCGAAAGUGUGGUCAGCCGGUACAUACUGGGACAGAAAUAAAUUUACAAACCGAACUUUCUUUGCACCGUUCGCUCACAAGACUGAACUUAAUACGAGGAAGUUUAAAUUGGAGGAUUUGGCGAGGAUCAAUGAAACUGAAACGGUGUACACCCACAAAUCGUGGUUCCAAUUCCUGAAGCAACGAUGGUCGACAAAUUUCGACAGCCUAGAAAAAUAUUUCCUCAAAAUGAAGAUUCGUGAUGGUGAAAUGGGCAAAUAUUUGAAGCAAUAUGAAAAGUAUCCGACGUUCUACAGAGCGGCUAAUAUAAAACAUGGGUAUUGGACUAGGCCGUACUUUGACUGCAAAGGUCCUCUCAAAAAAUGGGUCAUUACGUAUGCGUCACCUUUCUUCGGAUGGGACAGCGUUAAAGUGAAAUUGGAGUUUAAGGGCGUGGUAGCAGUUACUAUGGGUUUGAUGUCCUUAGACAUUAAUCAAUGUCCAGACAAGUUUUACAUUCCCAAUGCGUUCAAGGGUACUGAUAAAUGUGACAGGAGCUCUUCUUAUUGUGUACCAAUCCAAGGCCGUGGUUUCGACGCCGGCGGUUACAAAUGCGAAUGCCUGCAAGGUUUUGAAUAUCCUUUCGAAGAUCCAAUAACAUACUAUGAUGGUCAAAUCGUUGAAGCAGAGUUCCAGAAUAUAAUAGAAGAUAAAGAGACUAGGAUCGACAUGUUCAGAUGUAGAUUGGCAGGGGUUGCAAACAUUCAAGGUAGUAUAACUCUAAUAUUCACUGUUUUAGUGUUUUUGUGGAGAUAUAGAUAAUUUUUUUUUAUCCUUUGUAACUUUAACUUUUAGUCUGAUACUAGCUAUGUAAUGUAAUAUGAAUGAAAUAAUAAUCAUGUAAAAGUUUUGCCACUAGUUUCUAUAAUCAUUUAUUGAUUUUGAAUAAAAAUUAUAGCCAGUUUAGAUGAAUAUUAAGUACUUCUGAUAUUAUAUAUUUAUAUCAUUUCCAUUUUUUGCCUAUUUUAUAUACUUUGAAGAGUUAUGAAAGACAAAUGUCACACUAUUUGUAAAAUAAUAUUUAACAUUUUUGUAAAUCUCUGCGAAAAUAUGAAACGCAUUGCUCUAA